CAACCGCCAUAAAAUCACAAGAAGAAGAAGAGACCAGUAGAUCUAAUCGCUGCUUUUUACAUUUUACUCGCCGUCUGACAGAUUGGACACAAGGAAAGACGCCAUAAACAUUCCACUAACCCCAACAUUCGGACGUCAUCAUGGGUGCUUGUAUGGCCUUGUGCUCUUUAGCCAGCUGUGCCUCCUGUCUGUGUGGCUCAGCACCAUGUCUGCUGUGUGGCUGCUGUCCCUCCUCUAAUAAUUCCACCGUCACACGAUUGGUCUUCAGCAUCUUUUUGCUGCUGGGGACUUUCGUGUCAGUCAUCAUGAUACUUCCCGGAAUGGAAGCUCAGCUCCGCAAAAUUCCAGGAUUUUGCAGAGGAGGGAGUGGCAUACCGGGUGUUGAAAACCAGUUUGACUGUGAUGUCAUUGUGGGCUACAAGUCUGUGUAUCGCAUGUGCUUUGCCAUGACGUGCUUCUUCUUCCUCUUCUUCAUCAUCAUGAUUCGUGUUCGUAGCAGCAAAGACCCCCGUGCUGCUAUUCAGAAUGGUUUUUGGUUCUUCAAAUUUCUGAUCUUAGUUGGGAUUACAGUGGGAGCCUUUUUUAUCCCAGAUGGGACUUUUCAUACUGUCUGGUACUAUUUUGGAGUCGUGGGCUCCCUCCUCUUCAUUCUGAUCCAACUCAUUCUCCUCAUCGAUUUCGCUCACUCUUGGAACAAAUCCUGGAUAGGAAGGGCUGAGAAUAAUGACAACAAAUGCUGGUAUGCAGGCCUUCUGGCUUUCACAGUGCUGUACUAUGCUCUGGCUUUCACCGCUGUUGUGCUGUGUUAUAUAUACUACACGUUACCCAAUGACUGCACAGAGCACAAGGUUGUCAUCAGCCUCAACCUUAUCUUCUGUAUCAUCAUCUCUAUUGUCUCCAUCCUACCCAAGGUUCAGGAAGCUCAGCCUCACUCCGGCCUGCUGCAGGCUUCUCUUAUAUCCCUCUACACCAUGUACAUCACUUGGUCCGCAAUGACCAAUAAUCCAAAUCGAAAGUGUAACCCCAGUCUAUUGAGUCUGGUGUCGAACAUUAGCAGCCCCACAACUCCUGAGGAUAACACACCAGGUCACUCGCAGUGGUGGGACGCUCAGAGCAUCGUUGGCCUCGUCAUCUUCCUCUUCUGCACCCUCUACGCCAGUAUCCGUUCAUCAAGCAAUACCCAGGUUAAUAAGCUGUUGCAAACGGAAGAGGGCGGAGGAGAGAGCCCAGUCGGCCAGUUGGGAGAGGACGGUAUACGCAGGGCGGUUGACAAUGAGGAGGAUGCAGUCACUUACAACUACUCAGCGUUUCACUUUCACCUGUGUCUGGCUUCACUGUACAUCAUGAUGACUCUCACAAACUGGUACCAACCUGACACUACCACCCAAGCCAUGCAGAGCACCAUGCCGGCCGUGUGGGUGAAGGUGUGUUCCAGUUGGCUGGGUCUCAGUCUGUACCUGUGGACCCUCAUCGCUCCUCUUAUCUUCCCUGACAGAGAUUUCAACUGACCAGGUUUCUUGUAAUUUCAAUUAAUUUUAUUCGCGGCAUACAGGAAAAGAAAAGUAAAUAUUACAGUAAAUGCAUAUCAAUAUUUUUUUCGUGCUUCUAUUGUAAUUCAUCUUAAUAGGCUCCUUCCUGCCAACUGCCUGAAAUGGCGUGACUUUUGUGUGCUGUUAUCACCUUGCUGAACUUUAGUUGAUCGGCUAUCCAAUAGACUUAGCAACAAGGCACUUUCUCAGUUGUAUUUUUAGUAUUUUUUUACAUGAUGACAUGUUGAAAACCAGGAUGUUGAGGGCUCCUAUUGGCUAAUGUGCAGACACCCCUCCCUUGGACUGUUUGAAGCCGGGGCAAUGAGGGGAAACCUCCUUUUGAGCCCCAGGGAGAGAAGAGUGUGAGAGCGAGAUAAGAAUAAAAUGGCACACCCUGCAUAUGAGAACGGGGGUUCCCUUUUGCAGCUAGACUGUUUACACAAGCACAGACCACCAGUUAAACAUCAUCUCUUCCGUGUCUGCUCCUAAACCAAAGUCACCUAUCUGUGAUGUGACACCUUCUCCAUGUCUGGCUGUGUUCAACCAUCUGCACCUGCAUGCAAGUCAGCCCGCGCAGGCAGGGAGGCGUAGUGAUCUUUGGCAGUCAACCUCACGUGAUGUACAUCAGACCUCCUUGUGCUAACACAUAUGCCAUUAUUCUUCCAUAUUGCCUUAGUAAUACCAGUCUGUAUUGCCCUGAGCAAAACAAUCAUUUUCAAAACAUAUUUUCAUCUAAAGUGGGUGGUUUUAGAAUGGCAGUGAGGUUAAUUGUCUUUAUUAAAUGGUGGUUAUCCGCGUUCCAUUAUAAUAGGUGCUUGCUCCCAAUCCAGAAAAUGUAGUAAAAUGUGGAUAGUAUUUCAAAACAAACACAAAUGAAUCAAGUGUCUUGUGUGCUAAACAUAACCAUGUGUUUAGUAUUAUACAGUUUUGCAUCAUUAACUGACUUAAGCGCGGUAUCAAAGCAGAGAAGUGUUCUAUUGUAUUACGUAGUAACAUUUUAAAAUCACUAAAGUGCCUUUUUUUUAUUCAGCAUUUCAGAAGAAUCUUUCAUGCUGAUAUGUGCUUGUCUUGCCUUUAUAUAUGGUGGGAGGUCAGCCAUUGCAUGUACACUGUGCUUAUGACAAGUUAGUAUUGUAUGGACAAUGAUUUUAUUAAAGAUUAAACGCUCAAAUUCAA